AUGGAUCCAGGGCGGCGGCAAAGGGUCCAGCUCUCGCAAAGCACGGUCAGAGCGUCACCUUGUCCUGCAAGGCGCUUCUGCGAGCAAAGUGCGUUCGAGGCGCAGCUGGCAGCCGACGACACCUUUGUUGACGAGCGCUUUCGCGACUCUGCAUGCGCAGGUUUUGGAAGCACCGCUCAGCCGCGUGCCGCCAAUGGAGGUGCUUCCUCCGAAGCAAUCCCGGCCACCGCAAUGGCGCUCUUUCUCGGCAUGCCACACGGCUCAGAGCGACCGCAGCUGCCCGCCUAG